AUGCAGUACUCGAUCAUUGUUCCCACAUACAAGGAGUAUGGCAACUUAGAGCCGCUAACGCGCCGUGUUUUCGCUGCUGUAAAGGAGCAGGGUCUCCCCGUGGAGGCCGUUGAGAUGCUCAUCGUGGACGACAACUCGUGUGAUGGAUCGAAGGAGGUGAUUGAGAAGCUUCAUCAAGAGGGUUUCAAUGUGCGCAUCGAUGUUCGUACGGUGGAGCGUGGGCUUAGCAGCGCCGUCAUCCACGGUCUGCACAACACCACUGGUGUCUACAAGGUUGUGAUGGAUGCUGACCUGCAGCACCCGCCCGAGUCUGUGCCGGCGCUUUUCAAAGCCCUCAGGUGCAAUGGGGUGGAGUUUGUCUGCGGCACGCGUUACGGUGCCGGGGUCGUGAUCGACAAGAACUGGCCGGCGCACCGCCGCCUCAUUUCGUGGGGGGCACGCCUGCUGGCCCGACCUCUCACGACCCUCUCCGAUCCCAUGUCGGGUUUCUUUGGAAUCCGCGAUGAUGUCUUUAAGCGGCAUGCCGGCGAGGUUAACUCGAUUGGGUACAAAAUUGCACUGGAGUUGUUCGUCAAGUGCCGCGUGCAGCGCUUUGCGGAGGUAAACUUCCAUUUUUCAAUCCGCACCUAUGGCGAGUCGAAGCUGACCGGCAAGGUGAUCUUCAACUACCUCCAGCACCUUUACGCCUUGUACCUGUUUAAGGUGGGCCCUCUGUUCUACGCGCUACUCGCGGUGACUGUGAUGUUCGCUCUGUAUCUCGUAGUGUUUCUCUACCACUCGCUCUUCUAG